AUGACAUCACCAACGCCGACAGUUCAAAAGAAAUCUAAAAAGUCAAAAACCACUGAUCCUACUGUAAAACUUCCGAAAGCGAAAUUUAAUGUGCCGGACGAAGAGACAGGAGAGAAGCAAGGGGAAAUUGCAGCAAAGCCAGCCAAUGAAGAGGCAUCACAAAAGGAUCCAGUCAUCGAUACAAAGCCGGACAUCUUUCAGACAACUCCGCAGGAUGGAAUAAUCAUUGUAAAUUACCCCAACAUAAAUGCAAAAAAGGAAAAGGACUUACAUAUUCAUGAUACACUAGAUGCUUUAAAUGGUACGAGACGGGAGGGAAAUGCACCCCCGGAAAUGACGCCAGCAGCAAUUGAAGCACUAGAAAGAAUGUUUGGGAAAGUUCCUGACCAGAACAAGCCUAGAGGUUCAAAUUUUGGAAAACUGGCUCAAGAUUUUACGUUCCCGCCAAGGGCUAAGUCUUCCCCAAAUAAUUCUUCGAACACUAGUAACAAUGCUACGGCUUCAACAUCAAAAAACAGCGGGGACAAUAAAGAGAUAGACCAAGAUGACCUCGAUAAAAAAGAACGUGCUCGCCGUCGAAAGAGUAAUUUAAAUCCCUUUGCACCACCAUUCACUUUGUCUGCUGGCACGUCAGUAGAUGCUGAUAAGUCAAUUGACGCGUCGGAACAAAAACAUGACGAUGAUAGGAAAAAGAAGAAUGCAAAAAAAGAAAAGUUGAACCAUGAGAUGAAUGGCGACACAGAUUUAUCUUAUCCAAAGAAAAAACGUCGUCCGAGCCAACAACUUAUUACAUCAGAGGCUGCUCGGCAAAUUGAAGUUCCAUAUGGCUACACUCCAAACGGAUAUGAACCUAACGCAUAUUACAUGCAUGGCCCACAUACGCCUUAUCUACCCAAUCAUGUUGAGGGAACGAGUAUGCCUAACUGGGAAGAGUUUCAAACCAAGAUGGCUGCAGAGGUUACCAGUAGAAUAGAAUCAAAAUUUCAAAAAGGUGUCGAUACGCUUACAUCCGAGAUCAAAAAUAUGUUGGUAGAACAUAUAUCUGAAGAUUAUGGGGUAAGCGGAAAGAAGAAUGAUGAGGGAACUACACUACGAAAAUUGCAAGACCAGAUUCUUCAAGAAUUACGGAAUAAUCAUAAGGAAAUACGUACCACGUAUGAUCAACUGAUGCACAAGCACGAGGAAAUGCAAAACCGUCAUCUUGAUCAAGUUUCUUCUUUUCAAACAGCCCAAGACGGUGAUAUUCAAAAUUCCAUGUCUCAGCGUCAUGCAGAACUUCAAACCAUGCAUAAUAGCUUGAAGACUGAACUUAAAACUGGUCUUAAAGAAAUACAUAACGAAUACCUAAAGAUGCUGGAUCGGCAACAGCAACUAAAUAAUGACAUCAAGAAUUCACAAGUUCUUCAGAGUCGCCUUACUGAAUUAGAAUUCGAACUCAAUCAGUUGAACAUUAAAAAUGCACACUUGACAUCCGAGAAUUCAAGACUUCUUGAAGAAACGCAUAAUGCCAAGAUGAAAGAACGUCAAUACGAAGAAGGAAAACGUCAACAAGAAACCUUGAUUUCCGAAUUACAAACAGAGAUAUCUAAUCAUAAAGACAAAGCUUCUUGUGCUAGUAAGGAUCUUGAACUUGUACGAAGUACGGUGAGGUCGCUUGAGGCACAAAAGGCUGCACACGAAAGCCAUAACGGAAGUUUGGAAAACAAAAUACGUAAUCUUGAAGUACAAAUACGUAAUCUACAAAAUGAUAAUAAUAGUAUUUUUGAGGAAAAUCAGGCAUUACAACAACAGCAAGACAUAUGGC